UCCGCCAUUUGUUGAUUCGAUUUUUGGACGAAGGAUAUGUUCAAGAAACCAAAGAAAAACUUCAGGCGUAGGGUCGUCGAAGAUAGCGACGAAGAAAAGCCUAAUGAUGGGGCUGAACCUAUGGACAUUGAGGAUCAGACUGAUGAAGCACCAGCUUCUGAAAUCCCCAAAAUCCCUAAAGAAAAAUCGAAGAAAUCGGAUCAACAAACACCAAAAAAGUCAAAAAAUGUUUUGUUAAGUUUUGACCACGAUCAUGAAGAAGAGGCUGAACCUGAAACUUUCAAGGUUAAGAAGUCAAGCCGAAGUCAGAAAAUUGCACGUCAAAUUAAGAAAGAAUCAAAGCGAGAGAAAGAAGAGAAUGAAAUCAAAAGAAAAGAGGAAGAACGUCUGCAAAAAGAAUUGAAAGAGAAGAGGGAAUCCUCUGGAAGGCGUGGGCGUGGUAGAGACCGAGACAACAGUGAUUCAGAAAAUGACAGAAGAGUGCGGAAUGGAUCAGACAUGGACACGUCUGGUUCAGAUAGUGAAAAAGAAGAAAAGGAAAAGAAGCGCACAUCGCAUGCAUUUAGGGGUCUGCUAGAGCGCGGGGAGAUACCGGACGCUAACCUCAUUCACUUGGCAAAAAAGAAGCGACAGCAGGCGCGCGAGCAGGGCGACUUCAUUCCAUUAGAGGAGACCAAACCUGUGAAAUCUGCAUCAAGAUUAAUCAGGGAAGAUGAACAUGAUGCUAGUUCUGACGAAGAGAGGGUUUCAUUCAGUGCCAAUGUACAGGCCCAAGAGAGAGCGCUUAUUAGGGACCGGUUCCUUGCUGUUGAACAUGGCAGUGAUGUUGACAGUGACCAAGAGAACGAUUGGGAAGCUCAGCAGAUCAAGAAAGCAGUCAGCAUUCCGCAGACCGGGGCUCAGACAGAUAAAGUGUCCGUCCCUGACCAGUAUUUCUACAACCAGACUGGCAGCGUGUUCAGCAGUACUACAGGCUAUAUAGAACCUCCAUCAGUCGUCCCUACCUCAUCGAGGAAAACACCUCCACUCAAGAGUGAAGAGAUUACCCUGGAACAGAUGAAGGCCACACUGAAGGACAGGUUGAUGUCUCUUGGCCAGGUGCACCGUGCUCACAUCCUGGAGAAGGACCGCAUCGACGGCGACAAAGAGACCAACGUGAAGACUGCCAUCGAACUCGAGGGGAAGGUUUCUAGCUUGGAAGAGCAAUAUAAGUUCUUCCAAGAAAUGAGGGGGUAUGUGCGAGACUUGGUUGAAUGUCUUGAUGAGAAGGUACCACAGAUUUAUGAGCUGGAAUCAAACUAUUUCACUCUGAUGAGAGAAAGAGCUGAGAAACUCGUGAAAAGACGCCAGCAAGACAUCACAGAUCAGUCCACUGAUUACAAUCCGAAUAAAUCUAAGAUUGGUCAGUUCAAUGAUGAAAAGCAUAGAAGAUUGGCUGAGCGGGAGGCUAGACGGAGUCGACGGCGUCGUGCUAGAGAAUCCAAAUUGAAACCGGGACAUUAUGAUGGGCUCUCUACUGAUGAUGAAGAAAAUCAGUCAGACUUGGCCAAAUUCAAUAUGGAAAGAGAUCGGAUCCUGAGUGAAUCGUCAACGCUCUUUGACGAUGUCGUUGACGAUUUCUCCCGCAUUCGCCGAAUCAAGGGCCGAUUCGAACAGUGGAAAUUCCAACAUGGCGAGUCAUACAGGGAGGCCUAUAUUGGUCUUUGUUUACCCAAAUUGUAUAUGCCUUUAAUUAGGCUACAUUUAAUUACCUGGAACCCCCUUGAGGUUCGGUGUGCAGACUUUGAGAGGAUGCCUUGGUUCCAGACAUUGAUGUUCUACGGCUUUAAGGAAGGUGAUGCCAUAGAUCCAAACGAUGCAGACGUCAAAUUACUGCCAAGUGUUAUAGAAAAAGUGCUACUCCCUAAACUAACAGCUUAUAUUGAAAGUGUCUGGGACCCACUCUCUAGCUCGGAGACGAGAAGUUUAGUCGCCAUAGUGAAAAAGAUCACUGCCGAAUACCCGUUAGUGGCCGACUGUAAAAAUAUGCUGAUGCUCGGGAUGGCUGCUGUGGACCGUAUCAAAAGGAGUCUGGAUGGGGAUGUCUUCAUCCCACUGUAUCCAAAGAGUGUGGUCGACAACAAAUCGUCACCAGCCAGUAUGUUCUUCCAUCGGCAGCUUUGGAGUUGUAUCAAAUUGUUCACCAACAUCCUGAUGUGGGACACUGUCCUGUCAGCAACCAUUCUCCGAGAUCUUGCAUUUGGUGGCCUCCUCAAUCGCUACAUUCUCUUAGGCCUCGGCAAUUCAGUUUAUGCUCAAUUUAUUCUCAAGUGUCAAAUGAUCUGUGUCGCAAUCCCCAAGUCUUGGUUUGCUGAAGCCCCUGAUGAAUCAACCAUCAAACCUUUGGAGAACUUCUGUCGAUUCCUUGCCAGCACUGCCUCUGUUAUUGAUAAGGACAUCGGCAUGGAGGGUGAUAAAAGGGAUGGAAGGGACACCAUCAAGCAGAUCACGAAACUCCUGGUGAAUCUUCAUUCUAUGGACAAUGCAAUGAACCUAGCUAAUCAGUUCAGUUUGAAGUUAUAGCAACUACCGGACAGUGAUUACGAACUUGAACAGGCUCUGAAGGAUUGUUCUCUGUGUGAAUCAGAUAAGGACAGAAUAGUUUGAGGACUGUAAUUUACAUGCCUGUUGCUCUGUGAAGACAUUCGGUUUGGAAGUGUGCUAUGGAGAAUUGCAGCAACUUGAACAAGCCCUGGUAUUAUCAUGCCUGGUGACGAAACGAUGAAUUGAGUCCCAUGGGUGCAAAGCUCCAACUCGGUUGUGCCAGAAAAUGCAUUGGGUGUAUAAGUUUGCUGUUGAUGAUUGUACCAUUUUCACUCUGUAUUCAUAGGAAGGAAUGCCAAGAUAUUUAAUGUGUGUCAUCGAGAGGAUGUUGCAUGCCAGAUGAGCUUGUUAAUAAAAUGUAUCCAUUUCGA